AUGGAAGCGGCCAUCCGCUUCUCUCAGAACUCGUUUCCCGAAAACCCACAAAGAUUCUUAUACGUCGACGUCGUCGGGAAAUCUUUCAGACUGUGCAACAUCACGAAGCAAACCAAGAAGGAUUUCAAAUAUGAAGCCAUUCAUACCUCGACCAAAGUCCCGGCAUUUCGCGCCUUUGACUGGCAUCCCAUCAAUGAGGAUCUCGUUGUUGUCGGUCAAGCUGGGGGAGAAGCUACACUCUUGAACAUCGCAGAAGGCCAACAGGAUUCCCUUUCUUUUCAAGUCAGGAGUCAGCGCCUGUGCAAUGCUGUGGCCCUCAACACCCAAAACCUCCUCGCCGUCGGUCUCGACAAAGUGAGGACCGAUUUUUGUCUCAACAUAUGGGAUUUCAACCAGCGGCUGCCUGCUGCGGGAUCAAAGGGCUUCUCCAAGAACUACUCAGAUCCCCUCCAUAAGUUGGCAAGUGGGGAGCCCAUCACCAGUUUGAAGUUCUUUCAGGACGACCCUUCACUCUUGGUUGCCGGGGUCAAAGGUCAAUUUGUCAGGCUGUAUGAUUUGCGAGAGCCAUCUAUUGGCAACGGGUUGCAGUUCGCUACCCGGUGUGUCCAUAACCUGGCCAUUGACUGGCUGGACGAGAACUACUUUGCUUCUUGUUAUCCGACGAACGACCCUUCGAUAUGUGUGUGGGAUCGGAGAAUGAUCAGCCGUGUCAACACGCCACAAAUGGGAUUCACUGGAGGUUCCCAUAGUGAAAAUCGCCAACCCGAACUGUCUUUGGAGUUGAAGAGCGUUGUCGAAAGUCCAGGGACAAUUUGGAGCGUGAGGUUUUCUAAGGCUGAGCGAGGAUGCUUGGGCGUUCUUUCCAGUACCGGACAUCUGAAAAUAUACAAUCUGGGCAAAGAAUUUUCUUCAGAGACCUACCGGGUCGAAAAUGACGGAGGCCAUGAUCUCUCAUGGGAGACGAGCGCACCACAAGAGAUCUUUCUCGAUCGAGCGCAAGACCUCGAGAAGCCAUAUGCAACUACCUCUGCUCCAAGAGACGAGAAAUCGAGGGUCGUGUCCUUCGACUUCAUGACAGCCACGACAAAGAUGAGGCAAUCGAGAAUGCUGACCCUUGAUGGACGGGGUCAAGUCAAGCUCACUUCCCCGAAGCCUCCUCCAGGCCCUUCAACCCUCUCCUCGGCCGGGUAUCUGUGCAAAGGCAGCCACUUCAUCGAACAAUUACCUACAGUCACUACUGAACCAGGAAAUCUGAUUGACCAAAUCCGGCGCCGAGCUCAGCCCCGUAACAUUCUUAGGCAGACUUUCAAGCAGUCGCGACAGAACAGGACAAUGCCUGAUGCAAAACGAAUGUCGAGCCUCGAUGAUCAGGCAUGGCACGCAGAUCUGGGGUACUACGAAAAGGACGUGCCAUUGCCGGACCUUGUGACGUUGACCUCGCUCCUGCGGUUGCGUUGCGAAGCAGGUUAUCUUCUUAAUCCCUCCAAGAAUAAAGCCAUUGUCUCGGAUUCCCACUGGCUCCAGUCGUUCUGGGCCUGGGUGGAACGUGCCGCGAAAAUAUCCAAGAACGGCAACAUGACACAAGACAAUUUUGACCUUUCUUACGUUGGUGUCUAUGGCCUUUGGAUGGAAGACAUUGAUCCCAAGCAUCGAAUGCUCGGUCAGAGCCCUAACAAACUCGGCAAAACCAUUGAGAAUCUGGUGCGACGCUUGAACAUACCCGGUAUGAACAGAGUGACAACCGAAUAUGCUGCCAACAGACAGCUCUGCCUCUAUUCCGCUGGCCUAGCGUGGUCCUCGGAUGAGCUCGACUUGAUCGUCAAGCGGCUAGUGACCAAAAAUCAACACACCAAGGCGGCGGCAUUGGCUCUGUUCGCGAUGGAUCGCAAACUGGCAUUCAAGGCUCUCCGCAGCAAAACCGCUAAUCAAUCUCACAAAAUGCUGGCUAUGGCAAUUGCAGGGGCGUUCAAGAAGACCCGAAAUGAAGAUACUGGAACAAUGAGCCCUGAUGAGUCGGAUGCCCAGGAUGAUUGGGUCGACACUAUUUCAUCUCUUGCGGAUGAGUUGACUGAUCCUUAUGCGCGAGCGAUCCUGGCAUAUGUCAAAACUGGGGAUUGGUCAAAUGUUGUUACGGAAGAGUCCCUUCCUCUCAAAUACCGCGUCUGCAUUGCUUUGCGACACUAUGACGACUCGAGACUGACAAAGUAUAUCUCGCAAGCAACCAAGGAAGCAGUGACUACAGGAGAUAUUGAAGGUGUUGUUCUGACUGGCACGGCAACGCAGGCUGCUUUUGACCUCAUGGUCGGCUACGUUCAGCGCUUUGGUGACCUACAGACAGUGGUGUUGGCACUUUGCGCGACCGUUCCGCGAUACUUGGACGACGAGGCAGUGCUUCGCAAAUUCGAUGGCUGGAAAGAUUCUUAUAGGCACAUGAUGAACAGUUGGAAUCUGAAGUUUGACCGAGUCCGAUUUGACAUUGCCUGCCAAAAUGCCGCCAGAGACGAAGCGGGAAGACCACUCAUACCACCGGCAAAGCAACAAGUACGUCUUGUCUGCGGAUUCUGCGCACAGAGUAUCGCACAUCUGGCUGGAACGGACGGUGAAAACGCGCCGGGCCACAAGGUUGUCGAAACCACUCGGCAUCCACUAACCAAGGAGAAGGCCGCGGCCGCUGGGAUAGUCUGCCCCAAAUGCGAACGGCAUUUGCCACGGUGUGGUGUUUGCGACCUUUGGCUUGGAAUACCUGACGAAUCGUAUCUGCCGUGGUACGCGUCGCAGGCGGCAUCAAAGCAUGAUGUUGGUAAAACCACUCUUGAUCUCAGUGCCAGCGUUGCAGGGAGUGUCCAGACGACACUUGGACCCGACAACACCAUGGGGCCAACCAGCAAAGGCACCAGCUCGCCCCGACCGAGACAGUCGAUUCCAGUGAACUCGAAGAUCUCGACAAGUGAUUCCUCGACAAAGACGACCGUUCCUGUCACCCAAUCAGCCGCUAGAGGGGUGGACUCGGUUCCCGACAUCACCGUGGCUGCGCCGCCAGGUUCAGCUCCAGGUCAAGAGCCUGACGGCGUAAUGGAGAUGAUUGAGACAGCACGGAAGUGGGAUAGCGCAAUGUCUCGCUUCACGGUGAUGUGCCUGAAGUGUUCUCAUGGAUGCCACGCCGCACAUGCACGGAUGUGGUUCGAGAAGCAUCGUGUGUGUCCCGUUCCAGAAUGCACGUGUCUGUGUAACGUGUGA